UCGGCUAGUCCGCAGCUACCGCACACGUGUCUGUGUUCAAGCUGUUCGUCAGUGUUCCGUCCAGUGUCAGUCUAGACUUGAAAGUCUUGUUGAUCUUCUCUUCUCGACCGCGAAUUGUCAAGUGAUGCCAGGAGAGGAGGCUUGGCAUCGAAUUUUGUUGAUGACAACUGACCUAAAUUUCAUGUAGUUAGUUUAUAGUAUUACCUACUGCCGGAGUAUAGUAUAGUUUUGUUUUCUUCCCACAAUUCCCGGAUCCACAAAUGUACUCAGCAGUCAGGUGCUUCAAGUUGAAGUAAUUUAGUUAGAAUACCGUUUUCUUUUGCUUACCAACAGUCUAGUCCCUGUCUGCUGACCGACCCCAUUUAGUAAAGAAGUUGUUCGUCGGAGUAAGAGUUUGCAGUUGAGCUUGAGCUGAUGAUGGCACCCUCCACCGUGUGUCUUCUAAGCUUCCUGCUGCUUGUUGCAUUGCCUUGCUGUAUUUCGGCUACCGAGUGCGAUGCUCAUGGACCUUUGGAACCAGGCCAUGAUCCCUUUGGACCGCCUAAGAAAAGCGGGAAGACGUGCCCGGGGGAAAAUGACAGUAAAGAUGCCACGUCUUGUUGCUUCGAAUCUGACUACACUGAUGAUGGUAGUUCCAGUUCACGGAGCGGACGCAGUUACUGCUGUAAUCCGCCAUGGAAAAUCAUUGGGAUCAUUGCUGGUGCCAUUGGUGGGCUGAUGCUGCUUGCCGGUAUCACUGUCGUCUCCUGCUUCUGCUGUGCGUGCUGCCCUCUGCAUAAGAAAAUGAAUGGCAGCCGAGGAACCAGCAACAAUAACAGGACAGUGCUUGUAGGAGGCAAUCCAGGUGUUGCGGCUGCUGCUGCGACAGCCACCCAGGGAAGCUACCCAACAACACCCGCUGUGCAAGCACAGUACCCUGGACAGCAAGCUGGUGCUCCCAUGCAGCAGCAAGGCCAAUAUCCCGGUCAGUACCCAGGGAAGCAACAGCAACCUGGUGAGUACCCAGGUCAGCAGCCCGGUCAGUACCCGGGUCAGCAGCCCGGUCAGUACCCGGGUCAACAACAGCAACCCGGUCAGUACCCAGGUCAACAACCUGGUCAGUACCCGGGUCAACAGACGUAUCCUGGGCAACAGCAGUUCGCAGGUCAAUAUCCAGGUGGACCAAUGGAAGUGAAACCUGAGCAUUCCGCUGCUAUGGGUCAACCGAAUUCUAAUGCUGGCAUGCAACAAACAACAACAGCAGCAUAUCCACCUGCACAAGGAUUCCCACAGCAAAUGCCACCCGGCAACCAAUCAUACCCACAGCAAAUGGCCCCCAAUCAAGGAUACCCGCAACAAAUGCAAGGUGGCGCAGGUCAGAUGGGCUCGAUGCCACCAUCCUACCACGAUGCCACUCAAUCCAAGUUUUGAUAUCCCACCUCAAGAAGGCUGCAAAGGGCAAUGCAGCCUACACCCAGAACUACCUUAUUUUAUAAAAUUCCUUUCUUUACCUAACACUCAUUCUCCUCGGGUUUUGCCUUCAGUCUGCAAGUUAGCUUUGCACCUAUGGAGGCGUAUACCAGUACCCAGGGAGUACUAGAUUUACUAAAGUCUACUACUCCCUGCUCAUAUCUACACACUUUCAUAGAUAAGACUACUCCUAGACACCCUAAACCAUGUAAACGGCUGAAGCUUUUCUUUUACUUCCUCAGCACAUGCAAUGUUGUACCUAAAUCAUGGAUGGUGUUUCUCUGGGGAAGAGAGAGCACGAGAUGUCCAUGUAAUUGACUGUUCACCAUAAUGGAUUCUGCCCCCCCCCCCCUUCUUUUUAAAUCACCCUGUAGCAUUGGUGACAGUCGCAUUCAGUGUGGCAAUGUAGACGUCAUGUAUCUCUGCUACGUAAAGGCUAUCCCGCCCUUUGCCUUCCGAAAGUCUCCUCUCUUCACACAGCUUGUGGCACCUCUUGAAACGUGUCACUUGUGUUGUACAAUUCUUUACGUUUGCCGUGGGGCAGAACAGAACACCGGCUUGGUGUGCACAACCGCAUGUUGCUACACUCCAUAUAUGUGUACCGUUUCAGAAUUUCCUGCUCAGGAAAUCAAGUAACACCGCAA